CAUUCAUUUCAUUUCAUUCCAAAAUAUCUCUCUCUUUCUCUCUCCACUUUCUCUCUCUUCUUUGUAAUAUUUUGCAGUUUCUUGUGUUUUUGGGUUUUGACUUUCUCAAAGUAUUAAUUUGGUGAUCAAGAAAAUGGCUCAACGUGCAAGCGUACCACAAUUCGGUAUGUGGGACGAAGGCAGCGUUCCCUACACGGUCUACUUCGAGAAGGCGAGAAAAAAUAAGGGUGUCGCCGGGAAAAUGAUCAAUCCAAACGACCCCCAAGAAAAUCCCGACAUGUUUCUCUCCGCCUCCACCACUUCAUCAAGAAGGGAGUCCGUUAGGCCGACAGAGGGUGGCGAUUUUAGGCAAUUCGGUAAUUCCUCGACUAGGAGCGAAAAACCGGGCCUACAGCCCGUUGCGGAAUCGAACUACGGUGGGCGUGGCGGGGCCCAGAGGCCCGCCCGAUCCACAAGGCCUAGUUUAGGAUCGGAUAAAAGCUUCGAGAACACGCCAGUUCAUCCGUCCGCGAGAGGAGGAGGUGGUGGGCCCCACCUUGUUACUCGUGAAGGAACAAGAAGCAACACAAGUAAUGCUCACGGUACCCCUGCAAGACCACGCCCGAAGCCAGCUAGAGUCGAUGAAAGUGUAAGAUUUCAUAUUCGUAUAAGGUUUAUUGCGUUCCGAACCCCCCCUAGUUUUUCUAAUUAUUUAAAGGCACCUCAUUUUAUUCUAUUUAGACAAAAAUCCCCCUAUAAAUAAUUUAAAUUUUUAAACAACUGAAAACAUCAAAAGUUGUAGCAAGUGUUCAUUCAUUCAUACAUAUAUUUCUCAUUUAACAUGUAACCUUGCUGAUUCAAGUUGGAUUAGAAAGCUAAGUCAGAGAAAUACAAAUUCUGUAUUUUGAGUUUUGUCAAAUUGGGGGCUUUGAAAUUGAAGU